AUGAUUAGUGCCUUCAGGCCUUUGCAAAGAUCCAAACCGAGUGCCUUCUGGCCUUUGCAAAGAUCCAAACCGAGUGCCUUCUGGCCUUUGCAAAGAUCCACACCGAGUGCCUUCUGGCCUUUGCAAAGACCCAAACCGAGUGCCUUAGGGCCUUUGCAAAGAUCCAAAACGAGUGCCUUCUGGCCUUUGCAAAGAUCCAAACCGGAACAUUUUCUGAUGAUAGAUAGACCAGAAGACUUUCUAACCGGUGAACGUGGGCAACCACCAUGGGUUACUGACAUCGGCAUCUAUGACCCGACGGUGUAUCCGUUUCCGAAUAAGGAUCGUCUUCCUUAUCACGAAAAACCUCGUGAUCAUUUUCUGAUGAUAGAUAGACCAGAAGACUUUCUAAACAACGAACGUGAGCAUCCACCAUGGAAUAAGGAUCGUCUUCCUUAUCACGAAAAACCUCGUGAUCAUUUUCUGAUGAUAGAUAGACCAGAAGACUUUCUAAACAACGAACGUGAGCAUCCACCAUGGGUUACUGACAUCGGCAUCUAUGACCCGACGGUGUAUCCGUUUCCGAAUAAGGAUCGUCUUCCUUAUCACGAAAAACCUCGUCAUGGUAGGAGGAAGCAUCGUUUUCACAACCCUCGUGACCUUCCAGUGAGUAGAAGUUUGGGGAUUUGGGGAUUUUCACGAUUUAUUUACUAAACUAUUUAUGUUAUUUUUGUUGUAAUUAAUUUUUCUGAGCAAUUUUAUAAUUCAUCCGCUGACAAGACAACCAUUUUUUCUCAUUCAUGUAAUUUCAUUUUUAUCAAUUUUUUUUUUGCAUUUCAUUUUACGGUUAUAAAUGGUUUACUAGUAAAAAUCCCUCAAAGCCUGAAGUAGAGUUCACUUUUUGCUGUGACACCUGUAUGAAAAGGGAUUGUGGGGCCAGCCGCUAUUAUUUUCCCUAACAAAAGUUAGGACCCAACAGAGCUAGGCACGGAUUUGAACUCGAGACCUACGGUUAUCAUUCAAGCUCUAUACCGCUAGGCCACUCCGUCCCUUCAUACAACUUUUAAAGUUUUGUUAAAUAAAUUAUGCAGCUACCACUAGUACCUUAUAAAAUAUCUUAUUAUUUUGUUUUUCUAUAUACUACGAAUAAUAAGAGAUUUAUUUGAGAUUUGAAAUAGCUGUACACAAAGCAUACACUAUGAUAACAGCACUGAAACUCUUAAUGAAAAUGCGAUAACGAAUAGAGACUUUUAAUUUACAUCACAGUAUCUAAUUAUUUCGUUCAGUUUAAAACACUGGUUGAAUUGAAAUAUGCAGCAGUAUUCUUAUAUAAUAAUUUCUCAAAUCGAAGAGCAUAAUAGCAUGUUUUGGAGGCAAUGUAUUUGAGAAACUAGCAAAAUUAAACUAAUUAUCAAAGUUUGAAGAUGUAUUCCUAUCUCGUACUAUUGAAUCCACCACGUUCAUGUGUAGUUCUGUACCAGUGAAUCCACCACGUUC